AUGACAGGAGAUAAUAACGAAGGAUCAAAAUUGCCAAGGCUAAUACAAGAUGAAGUUUCAGUUAUCACUCCCCAACAAGAUUACAACGCAGUUUAUCAUCUGAAUCAAGAUCAGACUUUUGCAUACAACACUAUAAUAUCUUCUAUUGAGCGAAACGACAAUGUCAUGUUCUUUGUUGAUGGUUCAGGAGGUACUGGAAAAACAUACUUAUAUCGUGCAUUGUUAGCAACGUUGAGAAAUAAGAACCAUAUUGUACUUGCAACAGCAACCUCUGGAAUAUCAGCAACAAUACUUCCUGGUGGAAGAACGGCACACUCAAGGUUUAAAAUUCCACUAGAUCCUGAAAAAACUCCUACAUGCUCAAUUAGUAAACAAUCAGAUCUAGCUGAGUUAAUACGAACAUCAUCAGCUAUUAUAUGUGAUGAAGCACCAAUGAUGCAUAAAUGUGCGUUCGAGGCUCUGAAUGAAACUUUGAAAGAUAUAACAGAAGUCAAAUUACCAUUUGGAGGUAAAGUAAUUAUCUUUGGCGGGGACUUCCGACAAAUCCCACCAGUUGUUCCUAAAGGUACAAGGUCAGAAAUGGUCAGUGCCAGUAUGAUAAAUGCCUCAUUUUGGAAAGAUGUGAAAAUCCUUCGUUUACGACAAAAUAUGAGAUCCAUCAACGAUCCGCAGUUCUCAGACUUUUACUUAAUGUUGGAAAUGGAGAACAACCAUAUGUGA